AUGGAUUGGGAUCAAGGGCAGAUGGAUGGACGAGACUCUUACUGGACAUCGGCCACUGAAGAAGAGGGCUUGACCCUUGUGUUCCCUCAGCUUUAUACCAAGUAUGACAUAUAUGAAAUAGAAUACACUGUUGAUCCCUCUGCAGGGCCUCUUUGCCCUCAAGAAUGUCAGCAGCUCACCCCAACAGCAAACUUGGUUAGGAAACCUUCGCGUCCUGCAUCCAGGUCAUUUAUGAAGACGUUAAAGAAUACUGGUCCCAAGAUGGAUCCCUGCGGAACCCCACUAGUGACUGGUCGCCAGCCCGAUACAACAUUUAAUUAUUUCAGGCUCGUCGUUCCCAAUAAGGGCUAUUCAUUGUUAGAUCAGAGUCCAGAUGAAAAGUCACUGGUAGCCCUGGAUACGGACAGUGAUGAUGACUUUGACAUGUCCAGAUAUUCUUCCUCAGGAUAAUCAUCAGUUGAGCAGAUCAACCAAGACUUGAACAUCCAGCUGCUAAAGGAUGGGUACCGGUUAGAUGAGAUCCCAGAUGAUGAGGACCUUGACUUAAUCCCCCCUAAAUCGGUCAACUCUACCUGCAUGUGUUGCCAAGCCACCUCCUCUACCACCUGUCACAUUCAGUAG